AUGUCGAAGACCCAAAAUUUCUGUUAUAAUACUCACUUUAGAUUUACUGUGCGACGUAUGGUGAAAACACAGUUCAUGUACUGGCUAGUAAUCACUCUCGUGUUUCUUAAUACUGUCUGCGUGUCCAUUGAACACUACGGACAGCCGAAAUGGAUGGACGACUUUCUUUACAAAGCUGAGUGGGCGUUUUUGGGAAUAUUCAUGUUCGAGAUGCUAUUCAAGAUGUUUGGCCUUGGCGUCGAUGUCUACUUCCAGUCGUCGUUUAACAUAUUUGAUUUCGUUGUAAUUACCGGAAGCCUGAUCGAAGUUAUAUGGGGCGAGCUGAAAGGCGGAUCAUUUGGCAUAUCGGUUCUGCGCGCACUGCGGCUGUUGCGCAUCUUCAAAGUGACUAAAUACUGGACAAGUCUCAGGAACCUGGUCGUCUCGCUGAUGAAUUCUAUGCGCAGCAUCAUCUCGCUACUGUUUCUUCUAUUUCUUUUCAUCGUCAUCUUUGCGCUUCUUGGCAUGCAGCUCUUUGGCGGAGAAUUCAAUUUUACCGAUGGAAGGCCCUACACGCAUUUUGACACGUUCUCCAUCGCUCUUAUCACCGUGUUUCAAAUCUUGACUGGAGAAGACUGGAACGAAGUCAUGUAUUUGGCUAUUGAAUCUCAGGGGGGAAUAUACGGAGGUGGAAUGGUUUACUCUGUGUACUUCAUUAUCCUGGUUCUCUUUGGCAACUAUACUUUGCUAAACGUAUUUCUGGCCAUCGCUGUUGAUAAUUUGGCCAAUGCUCAAGAACUGACUGCAGCUGAAGAGGCUGACGGUCAGGCACAAAAUGAAGUUUCCGCAUAUUCGUCAAUGGAGUCACAAGUAAAUGAGAGAAAUCAAAUAAAGGUAGUGUUGCUCGUUGCACUGAUUUCAUCUAUGAGUUUCUUUUUAGACUCUGAAGACACCGACGAUCUCGAAAAUGCAUUCGGAUACCCGCGUAAAAUAGUUCCAUACAGCUCUAUGUUCAUCUUUUCCACUUCCAAUCCGCUAAGAGUUCUCGUUCACAAACUGGUCUGCACAAAAUAUUUCGAGAUGGCAGUGAUGAUAGUAAUCUGCUUGAGUAGCAUUUCGCUUGCUGCUGAAGAUCCGGUGGACGACACAAACCCUCGAAACAAGUAUUUGAACUACCUUGAUUACCUGUUCACAACUGUGUUCACCGUAGAGAUGGUUCUAAAGAUCAUUGAUAUGGGAGUGGUGGUGCAUCCCGGUUCAUACUGUAGAGAUCUGUGGAAUCUGAUGGACGCUACGACUGUCAUAUGCGCCCUAGUCGGUUUCGCAUUUGCAGGAAGUCCAAAAGCUGGAAAGAACUUAAGCACCGUCAAGUCCCUGCGUGUCCUCCGCGUUCUGAGACCUCUGAAAACAAUCAAGCGGAUUCCUAAACUCAAGGCCGUUUUCGACUGUGUCGUUCAUUCACUGAAAAACGUUUUCAACAUUCUGAUAGUGUUCAUCUUGUUCCAAUUCAUUUUUGCAGUAAUUGCAGUUCAGCUCUUCAAGGGGAAGUUUUUCUAUUGUAGUGACCGGACGAAGCGCUUCGUGAGCGAAUGCAAAGGCUAUUAUUACGUGUAUCGAAAGCAGUACCAACAACCUGAAGUUGCCGAAAGAGAAUGGAAUGUGUAUCCGCUGAACUACGACUCAACAAUUAACGCCAUGCUGACGCUGUUCACAGUCACUACUGGCGAAGGUUGGCCAGGAAUCCGCCAGGUUUCAAUGGACACUACUGAAGAAAAUGAAGGCCCCAUACCGUUCAACAGAGUCGAAGUUUCCUUGUUCUACGUCGUCUAUUUCAUCGUUUUCCCUUUCUUCUUUGUUAACAUAUUCGUUGCUUUGAUUAUCAUUACCUUCCAAGAGCAAGGUGAAGCAGAGCUAGCCGAAGGUGAUCUUGACAAAAAUCAGAAACAAUGCAUCGACUUCGUUCUCAAUGCGAAACCUGUCUCAAGAUAUAUGCCGGAAGACAAAGACUCUAUGAAAUAUCACAUUUGGAAAAUGGUUAUUUCCACCCCGUUUGAAUAUUUCAUCAUGGUCAUGAUAUGUCUAAACACGAUCAUUCUUAUGAUGAGCUACUAUCAAGAACCGCCUAUGUACCGCGCUGUCAUUCGUUACCUCAAUUCGACACUCACUGCGGUAUUUACGGUGGAGGCCAUAUUUAAAAUAAUCGCCUUCGGUGUCCGGAACUAUUUCAAAGACGGUUGGAACGUUUUUGACUUUAUCACCGUUAUUGGCAGCAUAACAGAUGCGCUGGUUACCGAAUUUGGCGGAAAUUUUGUUAGCCUCGGAUUCCUGCGGCUGUUCAGAGCUGCCAGGCUAAUUAAGCUUCUGCGUCAAGGCUAUACGAUCAGGAUACUGCUGUGGACUUUCGUUCAGUCAUUCAAAGCAUUGCCGUAUGUCUGCUUGUUGAUCGGAAUGCUCUUCUUCAUAUACGCCGUUGUUGGAAUGCAGGUCUUUGGCAAUAUCGAACUUAACAGUGACACAGAAAUCAACCGGCACAACAAUUUUCAGACCUUCUUCAAUUCCGUUAUACUUCUUUUCAGGUGCGCAACCGGGGAAUCAUGGCAAGAAAUAACAAUGGGUUGCACGGCUCGUCGUUACUGCGAUCCGAAAACCCUGAAAACAGAACCGGAAUGCGGCACCAAUAUUGCUUACGUGUACUUCACAUCGUUUAUGCUGAACUUGUUCGUUGCUGUCAUCAUGGACAAUUUUGAUUACCUCACUCGCGACUCGAGUAUUCUGGGGCCACAUCACUUGGACGAGUUCGUCAGGGUCUGGGCCGAGUACGAUCCAGCUGCAACUGGUCGAAUUCAUUACUCUGAUAUGUACGAGAUGCUGAGAAACAUCCCUCCCCCCGUCGGAUUUGGGAGGAAAUGUCCUUAUAGACUUGCAUACAAGCACUUGAUACGAAUGAACAUGCCUGUUGCCGAUGACGGUACGGUUCAGUUUCAAACGACGCUUUUUGCUCUUAUUCGUGAAUCGCUCAGCAUCAAAAUGAGGAGCGUAGAGGAAAUGGAUGAAGCAGACGAAGAACUUAGGCGCACCCUUAAGAAACUCUGGCCCAUUCAUUCAAAAAAGAACAUAGUAAACUUAGUCGUGCCUCCAAAUUCAGAAUUGUGUGAAGGGAAACUAACCGUCGGUAAAAUAUAUGCCGGCUUGUUAAUACUGGAAAAUGAAAGAGCAAAGAAAACCGGCAGAACGGCAGAAAAAGAUGAUCAAGAUUUUUAUCAGAAAAAAGCUACGCACACAAAUGAAGGACGGGAAAUUUGUCAUGAAGGAAAAACAACUGUGGUAGAGCAUUUUUUUGCAUGA